AUGAGGAUGGUGAAGAAGCCGGGAGGAUGGAAGCAGAAACUGUGGAAGGGAGACAAGUUGGAGCUGCUGCUGUUUGGGAUUCCAAGGGACAUGACGAGGAUAGAGUUCAAGAACUGUUGUGACAGGGAGGGACUGCACUGCCUAGCAAGGGGACAAGUAGGCAGAGAACAUGAACACUUCCGGGUGAAAUCGACCAAGGGAGACAGCCAAGAGUGCUUGGGGGUUGAUAUCGAGAAGCUGUCGAACUACGUAAGGAAGUUUGGAUGGGGGGUUUGCAUCGCGAACAUGAUAGAAACAGAGAAGGUAAGGAGACAAGAGGCGAGGGCGGCGGAGGCGAAGAAAGGACCGAGCGGGGGAGGCGAGCAAGCCAGUCAGAACAAGUCCGAGAAGAAGCGGAAGGCGAACGAUGGUGUGCGCAAAAUCUCCAAUAGGGAAAAGCGCAAGCUGAGAGUCGGGUCGUGGAACGUGUGCGGGUUCGCAAGGAGUGAGCGCAAGCGGUUGGAAAUAGUGGACCAAGUAGAACAAAGCGAUCUAGAUGUAGUGGGGAUCCAAGAGACGUGGGAAUUGAAGGAUGGUGACGUAGUAAGCAAUCUAGGGAAAUACCGGUGGGUAGGGAAGGCAAGAAAAGGCUUAGACCCGAAGAAAAGGGGGGAGGGGGGAGUCGGAUUCCUGGUCAAGGAACACUUGUUUGACGUGGUGGAAGUAGUGGUGAAAACGGAAUUCGAGGAAAGCCUAUGGCUAAAGAUACCUGGGGAGCGGGGUAUGAGGAAAAAUUGUCUAGGGAACGUAUACGUCCCACCGUCGUCGAAGAAAGUCGCAAGCAAGGCGCAGGAGAACUUUGGACAAAUUGGGGAAGAUGUCCAGAGGUUCAGUAGGAAGGGAGAAGUUGUCAUGGUGGGCGAUUUCAACUCCAGAGUAGGGAAAGCUUCCAGUAGAGGACAGGCGAUCGGGCAGCACGGAGAAGACAAAGUGAAUGACAACGGAGUGAGGAUGCUUGAAUUCUUGGGAAGCAACGAACUGAUGGUGUUGAACGGUAGGAGGGAAUGCGAUAAGCCGGAGUUCACCAGGCAACGGGCAGUUUGCAAUGAAUACUUGAUCCUCGACUACAUCCUGGUAGAUAGGGGGAGCACGCAGAUCCCAGAGCUGCACGGACGUCACGGCUUCUUCAGCCCUCAGGACUGCGUCAACUUUCUGCGUUUCACUAUACUGCAGAUUACGGUAAUGCUGGAGCUGCUGCUGAUCCCCGCUUUUAUUCGGACCACCUGCGGGUUUGUCGUAAGCGGACGGGAGGCUCUGUGCGUGCUCCUGUACCGCAUGGCGUUUCCAUGUCGCCUGAAGGAUAUGCCGUUGGUUUUCGGGAUGAGCGAAUCACGUAUCUGCGAGGCCUUCAAAUGGAUGUUGCACUUCCUCGACUUCAAGUGGGGGUUUUUGCUGUCCCUUAGCGUGGAGAGUGUGCAGCUGCGGCUGCUCGAGUUCGCGGAGGCGGUGUACAACGCCGGCUGUCCUCUCCCACGCUGUUGGGGUUUUAUCGACGGAACAGUGCGCGGCAUUGCAAGGCCUAAGCGCUGGCAGCGCCUGUUUUACAACGACCACAAGGGGAAGCAUGCCUUCAAGUUUCAAGGAGUGGUCACACCGGACGGGCUAUUUGCGGACCUGUGGGGUCCCGUGGUGGGGACACGCCACGACAACUACAUUCUAGCGCAGUCUGGGCUCAUGCAGAAGUUGGCCAUGUUGAACAGCCCGUCAGGUCAGCCGUACUACCUCUAUGGGGACCCGGCGUACGGUUUAAGCAACCACCUAAUCUGCCCUUUCAGCGCGUCUAGUGUCGGCCCUCUCACGCCAGAGGUGGCCGACUUCAACAAGCGUAUAAGCGCCUGCCGCGUGACUGUGGAAUGGGGUUUUAAGGAGAUCUGUAACUACUGGGCUUUCGUAAACAUGAAGCAGCAGCAGAAGUCGUUGUUGAGCCCUGUCGCCGUGCAGUACAGGGUUGCCACUCUACUUUCGAACUGGCACUCGUGCCUGAACGGAGGCAACGAGAUUUCGCAAUACUUCGGGGUGGGGCCGCCUUCUUUCGAGGAGUACCUUGGUGUGUAGGGGGGUAGGCAAGUGACGUAUCGAGCUGCAUGCCUUCGGGCAAGAUGCGGGCUUGUUUCUUUUGUGACACGCUCUACUGAAUACCACCCGUUUACGUCCUGCAAGUUAAUACAUUUUCUUGUUGUCGUCGGCAACAGGCACCCUAGAAAUAGCGUGGCAACCGUUGCAUCUUGCGCGUUUUUUUCUG